CCUCAGAGAACAAACAAUCAUGGAUAAAUUCGUACUUCCCCCAGGUUCCCGCCACUUGUCGGUAUCGUGGACGUAUGAUUUUUCAAAGAUAGACAUCAGUCCUAAAAUACCCCAGGAAGUGGCAGACUCGCUAAAGAAGUUGGGACCAACUAAAGUUACAAUUCCAUACUACACCCCGAAGAACAUGCGCCAAAUGACUCCCUCCGACGAAAUCGCCAUCCCCCGGAUGCGGCGGAGAUUUAAGAGCUUCCUCACACAGUCCUUCGGCGGCGUGGUGUCACAAGCCGAACUCGACAAAGUGGUCGAAUACGGGGUGGAGUUCACCUACUGGUACUAUCCCACCGGACCCAUCGAAUCGCCCCAAUAUUUCGCCGUGACCAAAAUGUGUGGCAUCCUCUUCAUCCUGGACGACCUGUUUGACGUGAAGGAUUCCAAUGCUGAGAAGGGAAAGCUUAAAGGCGGCCAUGCCUCCGUCAUGCGGCUCCUUUUGGACAAAUGGAACAAAUCCAACGGGGACACGGACGGCCCCGAAAUUUCGGCAGAGUUGGAACAAGCCUUGAAGGAACAGCCCUUGCUGGCCUGUAUUUGUGUCGCGCUGCGGGACACGCUAAAAUCUCUGGAUCGCCUCGGAGGGAGGGAGCAAGCUCGAAAAAUGUAUGAAUACUACAUGUUCCGCGCAUAUUUUGCCGAAUCCCUGCGCCACAGCCGAGUCUACACGGUGAAUCCCGACGCAGCCCGGUUCUUCACGGGGGAACAGUUAGCGAUGACGGCGGUGGUCACGCUGUUCGCCUGGGGGGAUGGGAUACGGCUCUCGGAAAGGUUUAAAAUGCACCCCGCCUUCGUCCGCUAUCAAGACAUGGUCAAGAUGGUGGGGGUCGUGCAAAACGAUUUGGUCGGAUUGGAGAGGGAUUUGGUGAAUGGUGAGAUAAACCAUGUCAUUACUCAGAUGGCGGCGGGAAACACGUUGGAGCAGGUGUUGGAGAGGGAGAUAAGGUUACAUGAGCAAGACGUGGAGGAACACUUGGUCUUGCGAGAAGAGAUUAUGGCCCAAUACAAGGACGACGAAGAGGUUGUGAAAUACUUGGAAAUAACCGACGCCACGCUGUACGGUCAACUUAAAAUGAUGGAUAAGUGCGUUAGGAACAGCAUGAUGGGAAGAUUGGAGUUUGUUGUGGCAGAGGAAUAGCGAAUUCGGUUGGUCGUACAUCGAGAGGGUAUUCAUUACGACUUUGCAUGUUCGCAUCGUAAAAUAACUUUUGCGAAUUUUGCGAAGCAAAGCCACUUCGCAAAUGACAGUUUCGAAAAUUAUGUAGAUAUACAAAUCUCUCGAAUUUUAAAAUGGGAAAAAUACUUUAAUUACCAUUACCCAGUUACCGAAAUUUUGCAUCUGAAAUUCACCAAUUUCAAAAAUUCAAAAGGCCAAACUUCGGUAACUAAUAGAGAUUUAUGGGCUUUUCCCAUUGCAAAAUUUGUAAAAAAUACUUUGAGAACUAAAUACUAGCCUUAGAGAUGUAGAAGGUCGCAAAUCAAUUGUCAAGCCAAAAAUUUUUGCGAACUUUAUUUUUCUGCGAACGUUGCGAAAUCGAAACGAUUACCCUCCGCGAGUUACAUACGUGGAGGUUUACAGAAUACUGUUUGAUAGAUCAUUACGAAUUGCAUACCCCUUCGGCAAAACCGCUAAAUUUAUUUACUUACAAUGCAACCUUAUUUCAAGCUAUACAGGAUUGUCGAAAGAGUUAUAUCAAAAAAUCAACCCAAAAAUUAAUACUCACGUGGCGCUGAUUGAUUCCGCUGAAUGGCCCCUUUGAAGAAAAAAACAAAUGUGGCCCACGAGCGCCUUGGUUUUCGCCUCGCGGAGGGAAAGGGAAAGAAAAUUUAACUUAACCGCCACCUGUUUUCUUCAAAGGGGCGAUUCAACGGAAUAAUAAGCGCCUUGUGAUUCCUAAUUUUUGUCUUGAUUUUUUUUAUAUAACUCAUUUUAUAUAAUCCGGUGUAGCUCGAGAAAAGGUUCCAUUGUUAGAUCUAUACUCCCAACCUUUUCGGUAAAAUUAAAUGAUUAGUAAUACAAACAUAUUUGUUUAGAAAUUGUGACCCCUACAUGGUGGCAAUACAUCGUCGUGCUAAUUUAUAAAGGACAUAAGUGCAGUCGAUGUUUAAUGCAGAAAAGACCUACAUAACUGCCGUCGAUUCAGAGCAGACCUAAGUGUAUAGAAAUAAAGUAUAGUAAAAAAUGUCCAACCAUGUAUUUACUUAUGGAUAUAUCUUGCCAAAACGAUUCUUCAUAUAUCGCGGGAUUUAGCCAUAAGUAUGUAAAUAUAUGCUUGCACAUGGGUCUUUUGUUACUUUUUUUAUACACUUAGAUCCUUUCCGAAUUAAGCAUCGACGGCACUUAGGUCUUUUCUGGAUUAAACAUCGACUGCACUUACAUAAAUAUGUAUGUAGGUCUUUAAUGAAUUAGUAGGACGACAUACAUAGAUUAUAGACAUAUGGAAGGGUGUAAGUUAGACUUUCAAUAAGUAUAGAAAUAAAUUCUGGUAUGGAUGGUUAAGUAAUUUUUAGAAAAAAAUAAUCUGUUUAUUUUGAAUAUUUUCUAAUAUAGAUAUAUCACUUUCUAUAUUUUCAGUUCUAAAUAAACAAAAUAAUAAGUAUAUAAUUAUUUAUAUGAAUAAAGAGGUAGGGUGGUUAAGAAGUAUCCGGAAUUUUUAAAUUCGCGCUCAUAAAAUAAAGUAACUAACUUAUUUAAACGAGA